AUGACUUUUGGAGGGAAUUCCUGCGAUGGGGUACCAGCACCUGAUACCCUUCCAUUCAUAACAGCAGCUCUCUCUCUAGGUCUCGCUCUACUCACCAUACCAGGUAACUUUUUAGUUUGCUUGGCGGUGUGGAAAGACCCCUACAAAUGCUUGAGGACGCCAUUCACUUUCUUUGUGAUAAAUCUGGCCAUUUCAGAUCUGAUCGUGGGCAUGGUGGUGGAGCCGUUAUCGAUAUACAUGCAUUUUCGCGAGGGAUUUUCCCUGAAGUUGAAUAACGUGUGGUCUAUCCACAUGUCCUACUUCAUCUCUUGUACCGCAUCCGUACUGAAUCUCGCAGCCCUGACAGUUGAUCGCUUCACAGCGAUAAGUCAUCCGUUGCAGUAUCGAGCACGACUCACCAUCACACGCGCCUGUAUAAUCGCGGCUGUUAUUUGGCUGGUCUCGUUCGCUUUGCCUUUUAUUUACUUCGAAGUCGGGUAUUUGCUUUAUACAUUUGUCUUCGCAAACACGGCCAUAGCGUUUACUUUGAUCAUAUUUCUCGCGACAUAUGUUGGAUCCUUAAAAAGUAUGAGAGCUCAGGUUAUGGAGUGGAAUAUGCUGCGGGAUAGUUCGCAAACAGAAGAAAACCGAGCAAAAAUUAGAGCUGCGGCUUUUGAGAGGAAUAUCACACAGGUGUUUGUUGUUAUGUUGGGGCUAUUUUUGUGUUGUUAUACGCCAUCGCUUGUUAUGAUAUACCUUAUGAAUCUGUGCUCGUCGUGCAGUUGUUACACAAUCCACAUUUGUCGUGAUAUGCAGUUCAUCUUUGUACUGUGUUCCUCGGCGUUGAAUCCUUUCAUUUACGCCUGGCGUUUACCGAACUUCCGAAAAGCGUUUAUUAAGAUUCUGCGAUGGCGUAAAGGAAACCAAGAAAUAGCUCCUGCAAACACAGUAAGCAUGGGCAAUACUGCCACGUCAACCGUGGAAUCCGCCUGACUGAACGAUUGGAACGAUUUCACUGACAAAUAGUUUCACAAACGGCAUCAAAACUGGUGAAGAAAGAAUAAAUACUUGUUCAAAGAAGGGGGAAAUUCGCGUGUAGCAAUGAACAGCUUGCGAGCCGGUGCCAUGGUACUCUAAAAAAAAACUGUAAAGUAAUCUUCGUUACGUAACACAACAGCUCACCACCAUGGUACCGUCUAAGCCAGCUGAAGGUAAUAAGCUUCCCAUCUUUGAAUGAAAGAUUCUUAUAGUCUCUUUAGAGACAAAAAUGGCUUUUGGUGUGGAAUCCUUUCUUUCAAGGAAAAAUAUGUAAAGGAACUAACAGCAUCUGUGAAUACGCCAAGUAUGGGCAAAUUGAUUGAAUGAUUUCUCUGAAUAAUGCGUGCGAUAACACUGACUAGUCGUUCAGUUCAUGAAGAGAAAGUCCUUGUGGAGUGAUCAACAAGCAAUCUCCUUCAAGUAGUCGCAAAACUUAAACAUUUGAAUCUACCUUCAGGUCAUGCUCUAUUUAGGCUGUGAAGGUCUUAUUGAAGUAAGUUUUUCUCAUUUUGGCCACAGGUGAGGCUUGUGGAAGAAGAUCAAAUUUCUUUCACCAGCUAAAAGCUCUCAAACCGCUUGCCUUGUUUGUGUUUAAUCGAGAUCACAAAUGGUUGGCCCUCGUUUUAAUUGCUAGGAAACCGAAAAAUAUUAAAACUUUUGUCCCUUUGCUGAACACUCAUUUUCAUGCCGUCCCAGCUAGACUUUCGAAGUUGAACAAACCUCUAAGUGUAUUUUUGUCAUCCGUUAGUGCCGCAGUAAUAUCUGCAAGGUUUGAUUGAUUCUAUUUUUUGCUGGAUUC